UGCUACCAGUUAAGGAAACACAGCCCUAGUGCUGCAGUGAGAGUAUGUUCUGAGAGGUAGACUGUCAUCACCACCCAACCUACCAACACUAAUUGCAGCAGGUGCCUUAUGUUUUGUUCAUGAUGCCACUGUGAAGAAAACAUGUAUUCAACGCUUAACUUCUCAGCUCCUGACGCCUUCAACAACAACAACAACAACAACAUCAACCUGUCAGGUGUGGUGGACCCUCAGAGGCUGCAGGAGCUGACGCACCGCUCCGUCAAAGUCACCAUCAUAGUCCUGCUGGGCGUCAUGAUCACUUUGGGAAACAUUGCAGUCCUCCUGGUUAUCACCUCCUCCGUGGCCGGCUGGUCCAGAAACUCCCGGUACUUCCUCCUCUCUCUCACUGCUGCAGACUCUGCGUUUGGCCUGCUGCUCAUGCCUUUGAAUCUGUGGGUGAGUCUCUUGAAAGACUACACUGAAGGUCCAGACGCUCUUUGUCACGUCGUGGCCUUCUGCAACUCCACCGUGUACUCCACCUGCAUGUACACACUGGCCACCAUCAGCCUGGAGAGAUACGUGGCGGUGUUUUACCCGCUGCAGUACUCCUCUCUCAUGACCAGGAGAAGGACUCUGCUCCUGAUCGCCUUCUCCUGGUGCUUCCCACCUUGUCUACUGUCUCCAAUCUCAUUCCCAGAUGGCAUCAUCGAGGUUCAUUUCUCUACAGCAUCCCUGGUGUGCAAUCCGUCCUACUCCACCAACGUUGGCUACUCCCUGAGCUUGACGUGUUUCAUCUUCUUCCCCUGCUCCAUCAUCAUGACAUACGCUAACCUGAGAGUGUGGUGCGCUGCCAAGAGACAGAGGAUGAAGCUGCGCAAGUACAACAACACCUGCGCGCGUCGCAGCAGACACAAUGUGGCCGCCAGAGUGCUGGUGCCUGUGAUGGCAGCCUACUACACCUGCUGGACACCAUGCAUGGCAGCUAUGAUCUACAAUGCAGUCUCGGGCAGCAGCGCACCAGAGUGGAUUGAGUUCGUGGUGGUGUGGCUGCCGACCUCCAACGGUUUCCUCAACUGCAUCUUCUACUUCUGGAUCAACCGAAGCUUCCGCAGGAAAUUCCACCUCGUCCUCCAGCGGCUGGUUUUGGCCCUCUGCCCCAAACUGGCCGACACCCUCGGGUGCCGCAGCACUUCGAAGAUACAGUUUGUGUCAGGAAUUUGGGAUAAUAACAACGGCGUCCAUGAGCGUUCUUCCAGCGUGUCCUCCACCUGCACCCUGUUGAGUUUGGAUUAGGACGUCUGCACCUGAAGAGCACCGCUGGCGGGUAAGGGACGUGGUCAGUGACCUCUGUGCUGUCUUGUAUUGUCUGGCUGGGCCAAGUUAUUGACAUAUCCCUACAUAAGGUCUCAAGGGUAGGAUGUGGGUCACAUGGGUUGCAAUGCAAACAGGUUGGUACUAAGACAGGCUGUGAUGACAAGUACUUGAAAUAACCGCUGUACAGUCCAUAUCAUCGUAAUUUGAGUUAUAUUGAUUAUAUAUUUUUCUUAUUUUUAUUUUUUAUCAAUUUGCAGUGUAAAUAUAGUGUUCAGUUGAGUGGAACACAGGCUCAAUUUAUAACUUAUUUGGAUUUUUUUUGUUUUACACACAAGAUUUGAUUUACUGUCAGAGACGGCCUCUUAAACCACCUUUUAGUUGUUUUAUAUCAACCUUGUCUGUGCCCCAGAAAUGCCUGCCAUUAAUCUGCAUACAUCUGUAUAAUAUAAUCUUUUAAUAGAGUCAGCUGUUGCAUAUUUAGACUUGUUUCUCAGGUCAACACAUUUCACUUCAAACACGUGAGGUUAGUCAAUUAGAUCAUCACAAGAAACUGAUAUUUACACCUCUAUUCAUAUGAGACAUUUGUGGACUAACAUCACCAUUAGAUUACAAGCGCUUUGAAGGUUUAAGGCCAUCUAACUUGUAACUUCUUCAAUCUAAACAGUGCGUCGAAGACCUUGGCAUAUAACAGCUGGGAGAAGUUAACCUUUAAGUCACGGCAUUUCAGUGUAUGCAAGGAGGAAAGUAAUUAUGCAGCUACACUGUAGAAAGGUCACCACAUUUGUGCCGUCAAGAGAUAACUUGGGUGACAUCUGAGGCUGCGGUUGUUUAUUUUGAGAUAUUAAGCUUCAGUAUCUUCUACUACAGUGUGGACUCAACUUGGCGCAAUGCCCAUGCCAUCUUUGUCUUAAUAGAGUAAACUGUCACGGCGAAGGUUGAUUUAGAUUUAAAGUUAAUGGAGAGUGUAGUUUUUUCAAAAACAUUCAAAAGAAACUGAAAUGCAGAAGUAUUUUAAUGCAACUUAUUUUAGCCUCGGGGUUGCAUCAUUCAUGUUUGUGCACAUGCAAAUGGUGGCACUCUCCACCAACUUGUAGAAAUGAUAAAAAUCAGAAGGUCUGCCAAAAAAUGAUGUGAGAACAAGGACCGACUUAAUUAUGACCUUUGUAUGUAUACAUUUUGUUAUGUUUCUAAAUUCCUAAUUUUAUAAAGAAUGAAAAAAUAACAUUUGAUAAUGUAUUGGUUUAUGGAUGAUCUAUGAAAUAAAGCAUUGUGCCUUUGAAAUGUG